AUGACUCCCAUAAAACAGCUAGUCGCUGUGCGGCGCAAGGCAGGGUUGACCAGGGAGGAAUUUUUCGAUUACCACUACCAGAAGCAUGGCGCACUCAGCACUGGACCUGAGCCAGCAGAUACACCUAUGAAAUAUUUUCAGACGCACUUCAUCGAUGCAGCAUACCAUGCGGAUACCUCCCAGGAUGCGGCCAAUGCUCAUCCAGUAUGGGCCUUCAGCGACGACAUCACAGAGCUCUACUUUGACUCCCCGGAGCAUCUAGAACGAGUUUUCAAAUCCAGAUGGGUUGCCGAAAAGGUUGGCCCCGAUGGGGCUAAUUUUUCAGACUUCAGCGCGGUUUCUCCAAUGUUUGUCAAAGAGGAAGUGAUUUCCUUGGUGAACAAUAACGAGCCUCAGACCGAGAAGCCUGAAGAAAAUGUCUUUGUGGCUAUCUAUUUUGUUGCCUUGCAAGAUCAGACGGCUCAUUUCGAGCCGCUGAUCCCUGAUUUCGUAUCGAGCCUUCAGGAGCAUGCUUCAAACGAAGUCAAGAGGCUGACUGUCAAUACCCCCAUCAAAGCUGGAUUUGACCUCGGUGCAUACUUCAGAGGGGAAAGUUCGCAUCACUGCCAAUCCGUGUUGACAAUCACAAUCAACGGAAGACAGUCAGUUCAUGCUAUCCGCGCAGCUCAAGAGGAUUUUGAGGCGAAGCACACUUCCCUGUUAGCUCUACCAGCUACAUGGAUAGGAUUUGGUGAGCGCGCUGUCGUGUUUGACCAAACGAAUGAUAUUAAAUUUGACUCUAGUCGCCAGCCUUUCAAGGCUCGGUGA